UGUCAACUAUUCAACAUGGAGGCGGAGGUCGAUAAGCUAGAACUGAUGUUCCAGAAAGCUGACUCUGAUCUGGAUUAUAUUCAGUACAGGCUGGAAUAUGAAAUCAAGUCUAAUCAUCAUGAUUCAGCAGGAGAGAAAAAUCCAGUAACGCUCAUAAAGGAAUUAUCAGCCAUAAAGCCUCGAUUCCAAACUUUGUAUGCACGUUUUAAACCUGUUGCUAUUGAACAGAAAGAGAUUAAGAGCCAUCCAAAAAGAUUGGUGGCAGGAAGAGCAGGGGAUGUAGCACAGGAGGACAGCGUCUGCCAAGCCACAAUCCUGCACUUCACUGUGUGA